UUAACCUGUCACAACAAGGCAAAACAGUUUUUGUUUUCUGCACUUAUAAUAGAAAUAUGGACAUCCCUCCUGUUACGUUUAAUGAAAAAAAAACGAGCUACAUAGUUCCUGUUAGAGCAGAUGUAUCAGAUACAGAGAGUAGAUCCGAUGAUGAGGACAUCGAAAGUAAGCAUUUGGAUGAGUGUUUAGUUGCAGAUUCGGGAGAUGAAUAUGAUGAAAUACAUAUAGGUAGAAAUAAAUCUAUGGAGUUGGUAAUAGGAGAAUCUGAUAUUGAACCGGAAGAAAUAGCUUUGGAAAAGCCACAACCCAAGAAGAUGAAAAAAGAAAAGAAACCAGUAGUAACAUAUACUUGGUCAGAAGAAGACAUACCUACAAAUGAUGUUGAAGAUUUACCUCCAUCUGAAAUAACUGAAAUUUUAUCACCAAUGGAAUAUUUCACACAGUUUUUCUCUUUGGACAUAAUGGCUGAUAUUGUGCACCAAACAAAUAUUUAUUCGACUGAAAAAACAGGUUCCUCUCUACAACUAACUAACGCAGAACUUACAGAACAUAUUUCCAUAACUCUUACUAUGAGCAUUAUAAAGUUGCCUGCUAUAAGUGAUUAUGGGGCCAGAAAUACUCAAAUUGACCAAGUAGCAGACAUGAUGCCUUUACGACGUUUUACUAAAACUAGAAACAUUUUGCUGAUAAUUCUCAAUUAUCCCCAAAUACUAAAGACCGAUUUUUCAAAAUAAGGCCCCUAAUAGAAAGAAUUAGAACAAAUUGUCAGAAGUUCCACAUUGGCAAUCAAUAUUCUGUAGAUGAGACUAUGAUUCCUUACAAAGGUACCUUUGCAGGGAAUCUUAGACAAUAUAUAAAAAAUAAACCUCACAACUGGGAUUUAAAUUGUUUGUAAAAACAACUGUUUCUGGAAUCAUCACAGACUUUAUAGCUUAUCAGGGUGCGUUUACGUUUGACCAAUUAGCAGGUACCCCUAACCAAUUGACAGUUGUAGAAAAGGAGUUAGGUGUUGGUCCCGGUAUUGUUGUUGCACUGUGUAAAACCAUUCCAAAUCCAGAACAUACGGUAGUAUUUUUGACAACUAUUUUAGCAGCCUACCAUUGCUCCCAUAUUUUAAAAACUAACUUUGGAAUUCACAGUUUAGGAACAUCUAGAGCAGAUAGAAUUGCCGGUUGUCCAUUAGAAGCUGACAAAAUUAUGCAAAAGCGACCUAGAGGCUCCUAUGUCUAUAAAUCUGACUACAACAAGAGGAUAAUUCUGGUAAAAUGGCAUGAUAACAAAUGUGUGUUAUUAGGUAGUACUCAUUGUGGAAUCGAGCCUGUAACUCAUAUAAAGCGAUAUGAUAAACAUUUCAAACAAAAAACUGAUGUUCCUUGCCCUGCCAUAAUAAAACAGUAUAACCGAUACACGGGAGGUGUGGAUAAAGCCAAUUCUCUUUUAGGAUUAUACCGCAGUCCUAGUAGGGCUAGACGAAUGCUAUUUUUACAUAUCUAUUAGAUAUGUGUGUUGUCAACGCCUAGCUAGUAUAUAAACAUCAUUGUGCUGAGCUAAAAGUAAAACCAAUGCCUUUAAAAAUUUUUAAAAUAGACAUAGCUGAAUCUUUUCACCAAACAGGUAAAAUAAAAAAGAAGGGGCGGCCUUCACUGAACGAGACAGUCGAAAAAAUUGUAACUCCUACGAAAAGUCGACCACAUGGCAUCACUAGGAAAGACAACGUAGGAGACUGGCCCAUUUAUGGGCCAAAAAGAAGAUGCCGCUUUUGCAAGAAUGGCUACACGACAAUUAUGUGUCAAAAAUGUGACAUGUGAUUAUGUUUUACACCGGGCAAGAAUUGUUUCUUUAAUUUCCAAACCUCUCCAUAAAUUUUUAUCUUUGUUUUUUCUUGUAACUGUGUAAGUAAUAAAGUUCAUGUUUGCUUA